AUGUUUAAGCUUGCCCGCAGCAAACCGGUUACGGCAGCUUUGAGGGCUGCGACGGAGUCUUCCGUUCAGUCCCGUGUUGCUCAGCAACAGAGAAACCUGUCGAUUCACGAAUACCUGUCUGCGAACCUGCUCAAGUCGUAUGGCAUCGGCAUGCCCAAGGGUGAAGUCGCCCGCUCCGCGGAGGAGGCUGAGGCCGUUGCCAAGUCCCUCGGUAAUGACGACAUGGUCAUCAAGGCCCAGGUUCUUGCUGGUGGUCGUGGUAAGGGUACUUUCGACAAUGGCCUUAAGGGUGGUGUGCGCGUGAUCUACUCGCCUACCGAGGCCAAGAUGUUCGCUAGCCAGAUGAUCGGACAGAAGCUCAUCACCAAGCAGACUGGCGCUGCUGGUCGUCUUUGCAAUUCUGUCUACAUCUGUGAGCGCAAGUUUGCUCGCCGCGAGUUCUACCUUGCUGUCCUCAUGGACCGCGCCUCUCAGAGCCCCGUCAUUGUCGCCUCGUCGCAAGGUGGUAUGGACAUUGAGGCCGUCGCUAAGGAGAACCCUGAGGCCAUCAUCACCACUCCCAUUGACAUCAAGGUCGGUGUGACCGAUGCCAUUGCUCACAAGAUCGUCACCGAGCUCGGCUUCUCCGAGCAGUGCGUCGAGGAGGCCAAGGACACCAUCCAGAAGCUCUACAAGGUCUUCAUGGAGAAGGAUGCUACCCAGAUUGAGAUCAACCCUCUGUCUGAGACCUCCGACCACAAGGUCAUGGCCAUGGAUGCCAAGCUUGGCUUCGAUGACAACGCCGAAUUCCGCCAGAAGGAGGUCUUCUCCUGGAGAGACACCACUCAGGAAGAUGCCGAUGAGGUCAAGGCCGCUGAGCACGGUCUGAACUUCAUCAAGCUUGACGGUGACAUUGGAUGCCUGGUUAACGGUGCUGGUCUUGCCAUGGCCACCAUGGAUAUCAUCAAGCUUAACGGCGGUGCCCCCGCCAACUUCCUCGAUGUCGGUGGUGGUGCCACCCCUGCCGCCAUCAAGUCCGCUUUCGAGCUCAUCACCAGCGACCCCAAGGUGACUGCUAUCUUCGUCAACAUCUUCGGUGGUAUCGUUCGCUGCGAUGCUAUCGCCCAGGGUUUGAUCAACGUCGUGCAGGAGAUGGGUCUGCGCACUCCCAUCGUUGCCCGUCUGCAGGGUACCAACAUGGAGCAGGCUCACAAGCUGAUCAACGAGUCUGGCCUCAAGAUCUUCUCCAUUGAGGAUCUCCAGAGCGCUGCUGAGAAGUCUGUUCAGUUCUCCAAGGUCGUCAAGAUGGCCCGCGAGAUCGACGUUGGCGUUGAGUUCACUCUUGGUAUCUAA